CACAUUAAAAUAUCUUGCAUAUACGUUUGAUUGCCAUUUUGAAUAUAAUUAUAAACAAUUCCGGUUAAUUUACGAUGAUAAUGUGUAAUAAACUUUGUGUUUAAGGCAAUGACGUUUCACGCUGAAAGAGAUAUGUUACGCGCUUCCAUCUUUCAUUGAAUACUUGACAUUGAAUUGAAAACAGUCAACAUGAUGAGAUAGUUUUAAUAGAAAUAUCACAUUCAUUAUUAAAUACUUCAAAAGAUAUCAGUGCAAACAGUCACAAGUGUAUAAAUACGUGUUAAUAAAAAAUAUGUGUCAAAUUAUAAAAUGGGAUGCUACAAGCAUUCUGAACAUCACACAAUCCGACAUACCGUAUGCGUUUAUUGUUUUGAAUCGACCAAUUUUGUUCACAUCAGACGACUUUCAACGGUUAUGGAACAACGCUGUGAUACGUGUGUUGGUAGACGGUGGUGCAAAUCGUUGGUUCAAAUUUAUCGCAGACAACAAUUUAGCUGUAGACAGUAUGGCAGUGCCAAGUUAUGUGUCUGGUGACAUGGAUUCGAUAACUGAAGAAUCAACACAACGUUUGAACAAAAUGGGAUGUAAGCGAGUAUAUACACCGGAUCAAAAUGAAACCGAUUGCACUAAAUCGCUUAUUGAAUUACGGCCUUAUCUUGAACCAAAUAAGAUUAAAAAUGUGUUGAUCGUAACAGAUUUUGGAGGUAGAAUAGAUCAAACAAUGUCACAAAUCAAUACAUUGUUCAAACGGCCACUAUCCGAAAGUGUAAACGUUUAUUUACAAAGCCACGACACACUAGCUUGGCUUCUUUUCCCGGGCCAACAUAAAAUAAACGUUCCACCGGAAUUUGUUACGAACGAAGUUUGGUGUGGCUAUAUUCCGAUGGAUGGUAGUUCUUGUGUCACAACAUCCGGUUUGAAAUAUGAUUUAACAAAUUACACAGUCGGUUUUGGCAAAAUAGUAAGCUCAUCAAAUUCGUACAGCAGUUCAACUGUUUCAGUUCACUGUGACAGACAUCUGUUUUGGACAAUGGGCAUCGGUAAAAAUGGCUGAGAGAGAAGAGAUUUGAGGAAAACUUUGUGCUUAAAACUGAAUAUUAGUUUGUAUUAUUUGUUGUUUUAUUUUUCGUUAUGCCUGAAUAUAGUACAAUGGUUCUUUCUUAUACAUUUGGAAUAAA